ACUCCACCACAACCAACCUCCCCAUCCUCACUCCCCAACAACCCCCCCACUACACCACCACCAACCUCCCCAUCCUCACUCCCUAACAACCCUCCCACUCCACCACAACCAACCUCCCCAUCCUCACUCCCCAACAACCCCCCCACUACACCACCACCAACCUCCCCAUCCUCACUCCCCAACAACCCCCCCACUCCACCACAACCAACCUCCCCAUCCUCACUCCCUAACAACCCCCCCACUCCACCACCAACAACCUCCCCAUCCUCACUCUCCAACCACCCCCCCACUCCACCACCACCAACCUCCCCAUCCUCACUCCACCACCACCAACCUUCCCAUCCUUACUCCCCAACCACCCCCAUCCCACCAGCAACUUCAAUUUCCAACUCUCCAAACACCCCUCCACUCCACCACCACCACCACCAACCUCCCCAUCCUUACUCCCCAACCACUAACCCCGCCACCCUUAGCACCCCUGCACCCCCCACACCCACACUGGGCUGCACAUCAAACACAGUGUUAUAAUGUGUCUGUACGCGGUGUUACCAUUCUCUUCCCUUUUCCAGAGAUCACACAGUUGGCCGGUAAUCAUAUCUUUCACAAGAUCUCUCCGGCAGAAUUUUGCUGGCUGUGGCACCUGUUCACCUCCCAAAUAGAGAGAGAGAGAGAGAGAGAGAGGAGGAGGGGGGGGGCGGUGUUACGAGAGGGAGAGAGGAUCAAGCUAGUGUCAAUUUAUCCAUCAAGCUAACUAUUGUAACCCUUAUAUUUUUGUCCUCCAGUGGCACCUUGCAUUUUGUUGCUGUUUUUUUUUAAAAAUUCUUUUCUAUAUUGAUGCUUUUGCAAUAUUGCACAUAAACAAUCAUGCCAAUGAUCUGCUUUGAAAAAAAAACAUUGAGAGAGAGAGAGAGAGAGAGAGAGAGAGAGAGAGAGAGAGAGUAUGGAAGUGAUGUGGGUAUGUGUGUUAUGAGAUAUCAGAGACAUAACAGUGGAGGCCAGAUACAUUCUCCACAUGACUUCCUAGCAGUCCUAUGUUAGGUGAGGGGCAAAGUGCUCAUAUGUGCUUCUGAGGUUUUUAAAAUAAAAAAACUAAAAAGCAGCAUGCUUAGAUUUGUGAGAUAACUCAUUUCAAGUGAUGAAUUAGGUCAAACCACACAACAGUCUGAAUCUCAAAAAGAGUGUUCACUGCACAAAUUUGAGCCAAAUUUGAAACAAAAAUGGACUGACGGUUCAUGUCAAAAGAGUACUAACAGUGCUUUAUCUUAUAACCUGAGUUUCCAUUUGGAGUCUCUGGAUCACCAGGCUUUGGGGCUCCCUGUAUCAGAAUGAAUUAGAAACUCAUGCCUUAUUAAUUUCAGUCAUUUUUGUAUUAUUCUGGAGUGUCUAUGUAACACACUCCAGAUGAUAUUUACUUUAAAAAUUUACUUAUUUUCUGCCUCUUCAACUCACAGCCCAUUUUUUAAUAGAACCACCCAGUAGAUAUUAAUACUCAUAGCAGACCCACAAUGUUUUUUAAUAGUCCUUAAUAGACUCAAGUUCCAAAAUUCAGCUGUUCUGACUAAGAAUAUGAGGAAGAAAAGGAGCAAAACAUUUCAUUGUGAUGGCAGCAAGAGGUUUCAGAUGUCUCCUUUGAAAUGAGCCAAGCUUUGUAACCCGUUGUUCAAUACCUGAGCAAGAAAAUGCUGAUUCAUUGUUUAAUGUAUUGACAUACUCGCCUGUGUUUUCAAUGCUGGACUGAAAUAAAUGUGGCAUGCACAUCAACACAUGAAGAGAGCAGUUGGAAGAUCACUUAGAAAUCUUUACACUUAGUGUAGUGUUGAGUUUGCUAGCACAUUCAGUAGAAUGCUGUGGGAAAGUCCCAAAACAGUAAUAAAAACAAUAGUAUGUCAAAAUAGUAUGCAACCAGUUGUUACUUUGUGUGGUGAAGAAAUGUUUAGAAAGAUAAUAUGCAGUUUGGCAUGUAGCUUGUGUCUCACUUACACUGUAUGUUAAUUUCAGCCAUGGACCAACAACACUGAUUUAUAAUAAUGAAUCUCCUGCAUGAUGUAAGCCAGUUGUUUUAAUAUAAUAUAUGAAAUGAUAUCAUCUGUGUUUGAGUCUCUGUUGGUUCUGGAUGCCUUUUUAUUUCAAAGCACCACACUAUCCCAGAUGUCUUUUU